AUGUACCAGGUUGCACAGACGUUAACUGUGCUGCAUGAACAAGCAAAAUGUCUGUUUGGGGCAUUGUCCAUUGGGAAUAUAUACGUGAACACCAAGGGUGAGUGGGUUUUAUACGGUUUGGAACUCUCGACCAGUUUCAAUGAUCCCGCACACUUCUCAUCAAAUCUUCAAGUCUACAAUGGUGUAGUUAGGGGAUACGAUAAUUGGGAACUACUAGGGAACGUUUCGACACCUGUGGGCGUUGAUGCUGCCCAAUUGUAUACUGUGUACAGCACACUUUUCCAGGGAAAUAUUCCAACAUCUUGGAAGCCAACUCUGGCAGCGCUAGCUAAGGGACAACAAGGUUCCGUUCAGAAGUUUGUGGCCAAACUUCGAGACGAUAAUGGAAACCCGUUGAUAUCCAUUUACGAUAACUUGAAAGAGAUUUAUAUUAAGGACCCAGUGGAAAAAGUUAUGAUGCUCUCUAAUGUUCAACAAACAAUCUCUGCUGACGAUAAACCAUUCAAGAAUCCAACUCCGGGAUUCCUAGAAAAUACCCUUCUACCUGAGCUAACUCAAUGCUUGCAAAUGAUCAGCACCACGAACCAACCCACUUCGAAUCAGGUACCAUUUUUGGGGACGAUUUUCCAUUUAACGUGUUCCGAUAGCCCCAUUAUAGCGGACGAAAAUGUUUUCCAAACACAGGUGAAGCCUAUUAUCUUUCAAUCAUUCAAUGUUGCCGAUAGACAAGUGAGAUUUCUUCUUCUAUUACAUUUCGCAAACUUUACACAGAAGCUCUCUGCUUCAGAGGUAGCAGAUAAAAUAUUCCCACCUUUCAUUCAGGGCCUCUCUGAUACCGACCAAACGAUCAGAUUGCAAACUUUGAAAAACGUCUCUCAUCUCAUUGGAAAAAUCACUGAACGUCAACUAAAUAAUGAUUUGCUACGUGUGUUAGCUAAAACUCAAGUUGACAAAGAUAUCGGAAUACGAACACUAACGAUAUUAAUCAUAACGAAAAUUGCCCACAAAUUGAACAAAUCUAGCAACAGGUCAACCAUUCUUGCUACUGCAUUCACCAAAUCUUUAAAGGAUCCAGAUUUGAAACCCAGACUUGCAACUCUUUAUGGUUUAGAAACAACCUUGGAUCUCUUUGAUGCGGAAACAAUUGCGCAACGUAUUCUAACUGUGAUUGGGCCUGGUUUGCUUGACAAGAAUAAACAAGUGCGGGAAAAUGCCAAGAAAGUCUUCCACAUGUACUGGGAUAAGUUGGAACAAGAAUCUGCUUCAUUCCCAGAUGACGAUGAUUCCGAAGAUAUACCCGAAGAAGAAUUCGAUAGGAUGAUGAAUGAUGAAGAAGAUGGUGAGCUAAUCAAUGGAUUUAUUCAAAGUGUUAAAUUAAGUACACCAACACCUACUUCUACACCAGCAGAUUUGGUAGAACCGGUACAAGAAUCUGAUCCUUGGAAUGCUGCCUUCGACGACGAUGUUAUAGCAGACUUGGAUGAUAGUUGGGAUGUUGAUGAACCGGAGGAACAAAGUUCCAACAACACACAAGUUAAAUCAUUCGGUUUUAAAGUUCCUGUAAAAAAAUCGUGGAACGAUGAACUAGACGAUACUCCAUUGGAGCACAAUUCAUUGACCAAAAAUACCUCCUCUAAUUCACUUAAAAUCAAAAAAGAAGAGAGUAAACCUUCCAUUUUAUCGAAAAAGCCUGUAAAGAGGACUUCCAUCUUGAGCAAGAGCAAUAAGACUUCCCAACAACAACAUCCCCGUAUUGCUUCUUCAAUUAGAACAUCUCACAAGCACACUUCUAAGGUUAUUGCACCUACAUUAGCAGCUGAAGACGAUGACGUUGAAGAUGGUUGGGGGGAUGAUUGGUAA